GGCCUCCAAUCGUCCGAUCGAAGACGCUGUGCCUCGUGUUUUGCAAAGAAUUUAACAGUUUUUUUGGUUACUCGCGAUCGCGAAGAAUAGUUCUACUUGUGCGACAAUGUCGGAAAUUGCAAAAGUUGAAAUUAAAGAAGAAGAACAAAUUAAUGCAUUUGUGGAUGAUGUAGUGUUACAAAGCAAUUGUGUCUCCGGAACAAUCAGGAGUGAAGGUACAAUCAAUCAACCGCAAAUUUCGGCAAAAUUUAAUUGUGCCCACUGUGAUUUCGCGAGUAAUCGUAAAUCCGCCUUGAGGAUACAUUUGAUAAAAUGUGACAUCUUCAAAUGCUCCCAAAAGAAGAACAGUUCUGCUUCUGUGAUAAUGUCCGAAAUUGCAAAAGUUGAACCCAAACACGAAGAAGAAAUAAAUUUAUUUGUCGAUGACGUAGUGUUACAGAGCAAUUGUGUCUCCGGAACAAUCAGGAGUGAAGGUACUAUCAAUCAACCGCAAAUUUCGACAAAAUUUAAUUGUGCCCACUGUGAUUUCGCGAGUAAUUGUAAAUCCGCCUUGAGUCUACAUUUGAGAAACUGCAAUAUCUUCAUAUGCUCGCAAAAGAAGAACAGUUCUACUUGCGUGGCAGUGUCAGAAAUUGCAAAAGUUGAACCCAAACAAGAAGAAGAAAUUAAUUCAUUUGCGGAUGAGGUAGUGUUACAGAGCAAUUAUGUCUCUGGAACGAUCAGGAGUGAAGGUACGAUCAAUGGGUCGAAUCAACCGCAAAUUUCGACAAAAUUUAAUUGUGCCCAUUGUAAUUUUGCGAGUAAUCGUAAAUCCGCCUUGAGGGUACAUUUGAGAAAAUGCGACAUCUUCAAAUGCUCGCAAAAGAAGAACAGUUCUGUUGCUGUGGCAAUGUCAGAAAUUGCAAAACUUGAACCCAAACAAGAAGAAGAAAUAAAUUCAUUUGUCGAUGACGUAGUGUUACAGAGCAAUUGUGUCUCCGGAACAAUCAGGAGUGAGGGUACUACCAAUCAACCGCAAAUUUCGUCAAAAUUUAAUUGUGCCCACUGUGAUUUCGCGAGUAAUCGUAAAUCCGCCUUGAGGGUACAUUUGAGAAAAUGCGACAUCUUCAAAUGCUCGCAAAAGAAGAACAGUUCUGUUGCUGUGGCAAUGUCAGAAAUUGCAAAACUUGAACCCAAACAAGAAGAAGAAAUAAAUUCAUUUGUCGAUGACGUAGUGUUACAGAGCAAUUGUGUCUCCGGAACAAUCAGGAGUGAGGGUACUACCAAUCAACCGCAAAUUUCGUCAAAAUUUAAUUGUGCCCACUGUGAUUUCGCGAGUAAUCGUAAAUCCGCCUUGAGGGUACAUUUGAGAAAAUGCGACAUCUUUAAAUGCUCCCAAAAGAAGAACAGUUCUGCUUCUGUGACAAUGUCCAAAAUUGUAAAAGUUGAAAUCACACAGGAAGAAGAAAUAAAUGCACUUAUGGAGGACGUGGUGUUACAGAGCAAUUGUGUCUCUGGAACCAUCAGGAGUGAAAGUACAAUCAAUGAGGACUCUUCCAAUGUGACGUGCACUUCAACAGAUGGAAAUGAAGUUUGGCAGGAUGGUGAGGUAAUUGAACAUUCCGAAAAUUUUUCGUACGUUAAGCAAAUUCCAAAAAACUUCACUUGUGCCCAUUGUGAUUUUGUGAGUCAGCGUAAAUCCAUUUUGAGGUUACAUUUGCAAACACUCAGAACAGUCAAAGAUCUUAAAUGUACCCAAUGUGAUUAUACAAGUCAUUUUAAAUGCAAUUUUAAUCUACAUAUCUUAACUCACAAGACUACCAGGCAAAAGAAAUGUACACAGUGUGAUUACACUACCAAUUUUAAAUCCAAUUUAAAUAGACAUCUGUUAACACACCAGUCUGCCAAGCAUUUAUUCUGUGUACAGUGUGAUUACGCAACCAAAUACAAAUCGGAUUUGAGAAAACAUAAGCUAACACACAACACAAUGAAAGAUUUUAAGUGCACCCAAUGUAAAUUUACAACUCCUUAUAAAGACAGCUAUAAUAAACAUCUUCUAAUUCACAACACCAUCAGAAAUUUAAAAUGUUACCAGUGUGAUUACAAAACUAAUAGGAAACAUAAUUUGGGCAACCACUUGCUAACCCAUAUGACAGUCAAAGAUUUUCGGUGUACCCUAUGUGAUUUUGUAACUCUUGAUAAAAACAAUUAUAGUGUACAUGUCUUAACUCACAAGACUACCAAGCAUUUAAAAUGUACACAGUGUAAUUACGCAACCUCGUCUAAAUCCCACUUUCAAAGACAUCUGUUAACACACCAGACUACCAAGGAGUUGAAAUGUGCACAUUGUGAUUACGCAGCCUCGGUUAAAGGCCUUUUGAGAAGACAUCUGUUAACUCACCGGACCAUCAAGCAUUUGAAAUGUGCACAGUGUGAUUACGCAACCAUGGAUAAAUCCUAUUUAAAAUACCAUCUGAUAAAACACCAGACCGAAAAGCAAUUGAAAUGUGUACAGUGCGAUUACGCAACCAAUCGCAAAACGGAUUUGAAAAACCAUAAGCUAACACACAACAUCAUGAAAGAUUUUAAGUGUACUCAAUGUAUAUUUACCACUAAUUAUAAAACCUCGUAUAAUAAACAUUUAUUAACUCACAAGAACAUGAGAAAUUUAAAAUGUGACCAGUGUGAUUACAAAACUGAUACAAAAUCCAAUUUGAAUACACAUCAGCUAAAACACAAGAGUGUCCAAGAUUUUCAAUGCACUCAAUGUGAUUUUGCAACUCGUUGUAAAAACAAGUAUAGUGCGCAUCUCUUAACUCACGAGAUCUCGCAUUUGAAAUGUGCACAUUGUGAUUACGUAACCAUGGUAAGAUCCAAUUUUACAAGGCAUCUGUUAACACACAAGACCACCAAGCAUUUGAAAUGCGUACAGUGCGAUUACACAACCGCGAGCAAGGCCUAUUUGAAAAAACAUCUGUUUACACAUCAGACUACCAAGGAUUUGAAAUGUGCGCAAUGUGAUUACAAAACCAUGAAUAAAGACAAAUUGAAAAGACAUACGUUGAUUCACCAGACUACCAAGCAUUCGAAAUGUGUACUGUGUGAUUACGUAACUACGCGUAAAGGCAAUUUGAAAAAACACUUGUUAUCACACCAGACUACCAAGGGUUUUAAAUGUGUACAGUGUGAUUACACAAGCGCCUAUAAACUCAAUUUGAAAAAACAUCUAUUAACGCACAAGACUACCAAAGAUUUCAAAUGUCUACAGUGUGAUUACGUAACCAAUGACAAAUUGGAUUUGGUAAACCAUAAGCUAACACACACCAGGAAACAUUAUAAGUGCACCCAAUGUAAAUAUGCAAGUUUUCAUAAAGCCCGUUAUAAUGACCAUCUCUUAAUUCACCAGAACAUUCGAAAUUUAAAAUGUGACCAGUGCGAUUACAAAACUUUUAGUAAAGGUAAUUUGAGAUCACAUCAGCAAAUACACAAGACCGGCAAAAGUUACCAGUGUACCCAAUGUGAUUUUGCAACUCAUUUUAAAAACAAAUAUAAUGUACAUCUCUUAACUCACACAACUGCCACGGUUUUCAAAUGUGCACAGUGUGAUUACGCAAGCUGGUGUAGAGCCAAUUUGAGAAAACACGUGAUAAUACACCGUACUAAGCAUUUGAAAUGUGUACAGUGUGAUUACACAACCGCUAGUAAUCAACUUUUGAAAUUCCAUCUGGUAUCACACCAGACUCAAGCUACCAAGCAUUUGAAAUGUGCACAGUGUUCUUAUGCGACCAAUAGGAAAUCCUAUUUGAAAAAACAUCAGCUAAGACACAACACCAGCAAUGAUUUGGAGUAAGUCAUCUUAAUUUGCAACUUAUUAAUAAAAAUCACAAGAGCAUCAAAUUUUUUACAAUGUGACCUCUGUGAAUAGCAUUUACCGUACAGUGGUCGCGUGCGGACUCUCGCUCAGCACCAUUGAUUUGUUUGUAAUUACGCGACUAUUUAGACCACCGCUCUCAUGCUCUUGUUACAUUCUGACAAUGCCCUUCUGAAGAAUCAGUGCUAACUGUCCGUUCCAUAGGUAUUGAAUGUAUCCAAAGGGCUUUUUGGUAAAUGAAUAUGCUUAUUUUUUAUGUUAUUUUAAACUAUUAUAU